AUGGGGGAAGGAGGAUAUUCCAGCAAGUUACCCAACCAGAAAGAGCUUCUCCAGUCCUCUGAAGAUGAAGACAAACGGGCCUAGGACCUGCUGAGCUGGAUUUUAUCCUCAAAGGUCCUCACAGUCCACAGUGGGAAGUCAGAGUUUGAAAAGAUCCAAAAGCUGACUGGUGCCCCUCACACUCCUGUCCUUGUGCCGGACUUCCUAUUUGAAAUCAAGUACUCGGACCCAGCGAAUGCCAAAUUUUAUGAGACCAAAGGAGAACGAGACCUAAUCUACGCCUUCUAUGGGAGCCGCCUAGAAAGCUUCCAUUCCAUCAUCCACAAUGGCCUGCACUGCCACCUGAACAAGACAUCCUUGUUCCGGGAAGGGACCUACCUCACCAGUGACUUGAGCCUGGCCCUCAUUUAUAGCCCCCAUGGCUAUGGGUGGCAGCAUAACCUCCUUGGCCCCAUCCUCAGCUGCUUGGCUGUGUGUGAGGUCAUAGACCAUCCAGAUGUCAAGUGCCAAACCAAGAAGAAAGAUUCCAAGGAGAUAGAUCGCAGGAGAGCGAGAAUCAAGCACAGUGAAGGGGGAGACAUCCCUCCAAAGUACUUUGUGGUCACCAACAACCAGCUCCUGCGAGUGAAGUACCUGCUGGUGUACUCACAGAAGAGG